AUGUAUUUGUUUACUGCAAGAUACAGAAACUAAGUGCAAAGCAUUAUAGUACACAAAGAUCUCAAAGUCCACGAGUUUCUCGAAGCUCUAUCCUACAGUCUUUAACUUCCUGACGGUGUAAUCGUUGGCUUCUAAGACAGAAGUGGUUUGAUUGUUACACCAUCAUUUAUUUGCCUAAACCCAUAAGAGAUAAAGAACGAGCAGUAUGAUGUAAUGCUUAAGAGUUAAAACUAAAGCUUUGUCUCACAGCAGAGUAUCGGUUAAGCAUUCUCUUAAGGACAUUAAAAUCUUUCGAAUAGUCAGACUAGUACUCUUUUAUUAGAUACUAGCGGCUAACAGCAUUAAAUAAUUCCUAACCGUUAAUAGCAAACUAGCUCAUUUUAUGACAACUUCUCACAACAUCAGUAGUAACCUCCUCUCUAUGGUGGGAUUUUGCCAACUCACAAUAACAGCCAUUAGCACUCAAGAACUUAUGGCUAGAGUGCAGGCAACUCAAUGUAAAAUGAAAGGACCGUGCUAAUGGGAGCCAGUAAUAGCUACUAAUUCUCCAACAUAUCUAGUAACUAAACUCAAGAAGGCGAUCUCAUAUUGUUUGUUAACUCCUUAUAAACUGACACACUCUUAACAGAUAGUGUGAAGAGUAAGAUUAUUCAAAAAGCAAGGUACAGAGACUCUAGAAUAAUCGGCGCCUAUCAGUUAUACUUGGUUGAUGGUGACAUUGAGAGCUUCAAAGCAAGAGUGAUCCACAGAGUCAUUACACCCCCAUCAGAUUAUUCCUCCUCCGCAACCACUGCCUAGUUCAACUGGACUGCAAGCAGAUAAAGCACAUCUGGGGGAUUCAGACCUCAAACUAGAGAGCAUAGUAGAAUGAGAGGAGGCAAUUUAGGCGGUGCAUCUCAACAAGUACAAUAAAACCUAACAUCAAGUCAUCACUCAACUCAAAACCCUCCCUAAGUCACUUAGCCUGCUGCUUAAGAUAGGUACCUUCCAGUCAUUCUUGAAUUAGAGAACAAAGGAAUGGUUGAUGAGCAAUGUGCCAGCCUACUAAAGACAUUAGUCCUAGAGGAAAAUGUAGAAGUAUUUAGAGUCAUCAACUCUUAUAUUGCAAAGAACAUUAGUGAUAGAGAGCUUGGAUUUAAACUUGCAAGAUUAGCAUAAAAACUCAGCAACUAUAUUGAAAGACCACAAUCUCCAUUACCCAGGAAAAAGAAUCAACUCUUAAAUUACGUUAAUAGUCUAGCUAGAUAUCAUUUUAGCGAUCCAGAUGAUGUUCAGCUUCUCAACAAACUUAUUUAAGAAGAGAACGAAUUUAUUCUAUCAUGCUUUGAUGUCUUUGAAAGUGACAAGGAUCAUGAUAAUCUGAUUGAUAGUUUAAACAGAAUUCUUGAAAAAUCAAAGGCAAUGGGGUUACAUAUCAAUUCAAUGACUGCUUCAUCAUUCUACAACUAGAAUCCCUGGAGAUCAAACUAGCACACUCCCAUUCAAUAACCAAACAAUCAAUCCUAUAGCCAAAGUAGUAUUAGAUAAGCUUAACCUUACAUCUCUAAAUGGGAAGAGAGAGGUCAUCUCCAGCAGUAAUAAUAGCUUCAAAACAAUUCAGGCUUGAAUGGUCAAUCACACUUUGCUAACCAAAGUAAUAUUGCCAGAUCUUCUGAGAGACCCCAUGGUGCAAUUGGAGGUAGAAGAAACAUGAAUACAAGUUAGGCUGCUGCUCCUAGAAAUCAACCACCCCCACCCACUCAGUUUUAAAACACAACUGUUCAUAAUGUUGCCUUAAUUCCUAACUAUUUCAGUUCAGGAGAGGAAGAAGGCCCUUAUUUCCAAUAAUAGAUUACUCAUCAAUAAAUGUAGCAUCACUAACUUCCUCCUCAACAGUAGAGAUAGGCAAGAACAAAUAACAGCUAGUAGAUUAACCAACAUAAUUUCUAUGGUUAAAGAGAAUAUGAAGUAAAGGAAGAGUUAUCUGAUGAUAUGUCAAGAGCUGAGAUUGAAAGCCAAAGUCAAAAAUAGAACAGAGGUUAACAUAAAAGCAAGGCAAGAGAUUAAAAAGCAGCAAGAUAAGAUGAGGACAGUGAAUCAUAGAUAGUAGCAUAAAACAAGAGAAAUGAUGAUAGAAAGCAGAAAGAGAAGUCUAAGGCAAGGAAUAUCCCAAAGUCAUCCUAGAAGAGCACAAAGGAUUCCAAGAAAAAGAAGGUGGUUAGUUCUUCAUCAUCUGACAGUGAUUCAGAUGAUUCAGACAAAAAGAAAACAAAAUCUAAGAAAAAAUCUAAGAACUAAGGAAAGUCUAAGAAAAGACACUCUUCAUCUGACUCAAGCAGUGACUCCUCUUCUUCUGAUUCUGAUUAAUCCGAAAAAUACAACAAGUAAAGAGGCAAGUCAAGCAAAAGAAAGCCAACUACUCCUAAAUAAAGCAAAAAGAAGUCUGAUUAGAAAUUAACAAAGGAUGAAUUAAAAUCAACAAAGAAAUCAAAGAAGGCAAAGGCCCCUUAAAUAUCUUAGCAAGAGAUAGAAAACAUUUUGGAUGAAGAAGAAAUUGAAAAGGUAUUAAGACCUGAAAAUUUUGCAAUCCUAGCUUAUCUGCUAAGUUUGAAAGAUUAAGAGCUUGUAGAUUCAUUCAUUAAGUAUUCUUAAGAUGACGAUAGUGAGUAUUUGAUCAGUUCACUUGAGAGCAAAACUGAGGACACUCUUUAGUAUUUACUUAUGCAGAAAUUCUCAAAUGAGGACAAUGCUAAGAUUAGAUCAUUAAGAAGCCAAAGAAAUGAUGGAAUAAGAAGAGCAUUCAAGAAGUUUAAGAGAACUUUAGAUCUUGAAAAGCUGGUGAGCAGCAUUAGAAAAGUUAUAGAAGAACAUACUUAAUCAACAGGAAUCCUUUAAAAUUCAGCUGAAAAAGUAAGAGUGAUUAAACAGCAAUCAAGAAAAGAUAAGCUUGAAAGCAUCUACAAUAUGGUCUACCAUGCAGAGUUCAACAAGGAGGAAAAGGUAUCUCAGGUCAUUCAAAAGCAAUUCCAUUAAAUUUAAGAUCCAGAGCUACUUGACAUUCUCGAAGAUUACUAGAGACAUAAUAAUUAUUUGGAGCUAAAGAAUCAAGUAUAGGAUUAUCUCAAAAAUUAUAUCAGAGACUACAAGUAGAUUGAGAUGGAGCCUGAACUGCCCCUGACUAUUAAGGAUGCCAUUAAUCUAUUAUUAAUGAGAGGAGAUAUCGGAGUAAAUGAUCAAAAGAUGCUUCAAGAUCUUUACAAGGUGGGAGAUAGGCAUUUACUUGCAGCUUGGGAAGCAUUCUAAGUAAUUAAGAAGAUGGACGACUUCGUUGACACACUUUUGAUUCUGUGUGAGGUUAAAAAAGAGGAAGCAAAAAAUCAAUCAAAGAAGAAUUAGGUCAGCUAAUCUUAACCAGCAGUAUCUCACCAGCAAGUGCAAAAUUAGCCAACCUCACUCAAAUCAUUUGAAUCUAAUGCCAUACAAAAUUAAAAAUAAACAAUAGCUAGCUCAAAUCAGAAGUCUCAAGAGUCAGUUCCAUAACUUUAGCUGCAAGCACAGCCUUUUAGUUUGUUUGGCAGCAGACCACCUGUUUAGCAAACUGUUCAGAAUUAAGUCCCUACGCCAAGUUAUAACUAAGCCCAGCAGCCAUCUUAUGACUAGCAUUAAAGUUCAGCAGCAGAAAAGGUUAAAGAGACUGAUUAACUAGAUGAAAAUCUUUAGAUUGAAGAUAAUCCCGAUGAUGUAAAAUUAUAACACCCCAUUAACUUACUUUAGAGUGACAACGAGGACAUUCAGUCAAUUAUCGAGUAUCAGCACAAGAUCCUUCGCAAGUAUUGUAUGAUGGGCAUGAUUCAGUAUGCUGACGCUCCUCUUUUCCAUGAUAUGGUAGAUCAGAGAGACUAUAAGAUGAUCAGUAUCUUCGAGGUCUUUGCAAUCAAUAGAAAUGGAGAGGAUUUCCUUGAAAAUCUUGGACUCUUUGCACAAUUAGUUAUGGAAUAAGAAGGAGUAGAAGACUAGAAUCAACUGAUUGAUUAGAAAGCAGAUGAAGUUGAGGAGAUUUCACAAGAAGACGAACUUGACUUAACCAACCCUAAGAUCCAAGUUCUCAAUUAGGUGAGAGGAUAAUUGACUGAGCAAGAAUUUAAGUGGGUUGUCUAGGCAGUCAAUGAUAAUUUGAAGAAUAUUAACACCAUCAUUCAAGUCUUUACGAUGAUGAAAGACAUGAACGACUUAGUUCACUCCAUCAAGAAGCUCUACUCCAAGAGUGUGGGCUAGUGA